AAUGUGGGCGAGCGUAUACGUAGGAAAUUCGGCGCGCGAAAGCCGUUGCAGGAAGUGAGAGUAUCUGAGGGGUAAACGGCGGCCAGUCUGGGAUUUGAAUCUAUCUAACUACUUCCAUAAUCUACGAACAUCUAAAUUAAUAUGGCAGACCCGAAGGACCAGGAAGACCAUGAGACCACUGCAGAAACUGUAGAAGACUCUAAUCAUGAUCCUCAAUUUGAGCCGAUUGUGUCCCUUCCUGAGCAGGAUGUGAAAACCUUAGAAGAGGAUGAGGAGGAACUCUUUAAAAUGCGGGCCAAAUUAUAUCGUUUUGCUUCCGAGAACGACCCACCAGAGUGGAAGGAGAGAGGAACCGGUGAUGUCAAGCUGCUGAAACACAAAGAGAAGGGCACGAUCCGCCUCUUGAUGAGGAGAGACCGAACCUUGAAGAUUUGUGCCAAUCAUCACAUUGUACCUACCAUGGAGCUGAAGCCCAACGCUGGCAGUGACAGGGCAUGGGUGUGGAACACACUAGCAGAUUAUGCUGACGAAAGCCCCAAACCUGAACUCCUGGCAAUACGCUUUUUAAAUGCAGAAAAUGCUCAGAAAUUCAAGGGGAAGUUUGACGAGUGCAAGGAGGAGGCCAGAAAAACUCUAGAGGGAACAGACAACACUGACAGCGCAACCAAAGUGGCAGAGAAGCUGGAGGAACUCUCCGUAAAAGACAAGGAGUCAAAUGAAAAGAAAGAGGUCAAAAAGGAGGCGGAGAAGAAAGAUGAGAAAAAGGAGGUGAUGGCUGAGGAGAAGAAAGAAGAUGAGAAAAAAGAGGUCAAGGCUGAGGAGAAGAAUUGAGAACCAAGAACUUGCUUUGCUGAUCUUCAAUUUAUCAGUUUUCCUCUUUUUCUACAAUAGACUCUAAAUGAACAGAAUUUGGACACUUGCAUAUUAUUAGUUGUUUUUUUUAUUAUCUGUUUUGCCUCAAGAUCACAAGUCCUUGAUGCCACUGGAGGGGAAAUACAAGAUAGCAAAAAAAAGCUGACCCCUUUCCCUCUAUGCACCACACCAUGGAAUGCAACGCUUUCCAUCCUUGUCAUCAACAGUUCAAUGUCACAUUUAACAAACUGUGAAAAGAGGCUUGUGAUAGUGAUAAUUCCCACAUUGGGGUAUUUUUUUGUUUUGUUAUUCUGAAGCAGAGUUUGUUUGUAGGGGGAGAGGAUAAUGUAGCCUGCUUGUUAGCAGCACAGAGUCAGGGACCAGGCAUUAUGAAGGUGCAUUAUACAUAUAAAAUCCUGUGAUGCAUCUCAGUGGGCCUUCUUACCCGGUCUACUGAUCAUGCUUCCACUGUUAGAAACAGCAAGUACAGUGAAGACUUCUCAGUGGAUGCCUUGUAGAAGUAGUUCUUUCUUGGUUCCUGCUUUCAUUCGUUCUCUUGGGAACUGACUAGAAGAGGAAUCCACUCCAGACAGUUGAGGAGCAUCAGAUGUGUGCUGCAGAUCGCAGCGUCCACUGAUGGAUAACUGAUAAGAGAUCAGAUGCACUUAGUUAAGCAUUUCCUUUUUUUAUUUUCUGAAAACCAUUAAGUUCAAAGUCAACGGUUCACCAGUUUGGUGCAGCUAUGCUCUGACUUAGGUUACUCACCAGGAAAUCGAGUUUGUAUUCUUUAGAUCAUAACAUUCCCAAACUUAAAGCAUGUAGCGUAUAUGUAAGUGUUCCCUAUCUGAUCUUUGUGCUCACAACCCUCUCCUUUUCUUUCCACUAAUUGAGUUCUAAACCUUGCCUCUAAAGUGCCAGUGCAUCUGUAAAUACAUGUAUAUGGAUGAAAUGUUGCUUUUCAUUUGCACUCAAAUGAUUUGAAAUGUUUCCUCCACCUUCGAAUAAAAGCUGUCAAAGACCA